AAGGCUUUUACUCCCCACAGUCUUUAUAAGAGAGUGAAUUAGUAUUGAAGUAUAAGAAGUAACGCGUGAAAAUCUUGCGCGGUUCAUAUGAUUUUAUUUCGAAACAUAAUUUAAUUUUUGUAAUUAAGAUUAAGAAAUAAUUUAAUUAGAAAAGUUUAAAAAAAGUUUUUAAACAAAAAAAGUUACACUUUUUCGCUAAAAAAAAAAUUCGAAAUGGUAAAUAAAAGUUAAUGCCGUGAAUAAGGAGAGAAAAUUGUUUUUCGUGUUCUUCUUUUUUUAAAUAUAACAGUGAUUUUGAAAGAUAACAAAUAUUUUUAUUAUCUGGUUUUAUUGGUUUGGAAAGUCGAUUGUUAUAUCGAGUUAAUAUUAAUCAUGACGGAAUUUAUGAGGAUUCGUAUAUUAUUCACUCUUGCUCUUUUAUUAUGCGCCUUCUCUUCAGUUUGGUCCAUGGCACUCACAACUUUUGGAAAGUCGAAUCCUCAAAAUCAAAAUCCUACGCCUCCGCCAAGUUUCGUUGGAAAAGCUCGUGAGUGCAAAACGCAAGCCAACUGUGAGGGGAUACGAAACACAUAUUGCAUGACCCAUCCUCAAGACAAUAUCAUGCGGUGUCUUUGUGGAGAUUAUAAUGCACCUGACAAUGGGUUUUGCACAAAUAAAGUACAAGCCGUGGGAGCACCUUGUAAUUAUGAUUCUGAAUGCACUGAUGGUGCCCAAUGCAUUCAAGGAAACAAUACGUUGCCAGGAAAACGAUGUUAUUGCAAAGAAGGAUAUUUCGAAGAUAAUAAAAUGUGCAAUGGAGCUCCUAGUCUAGGAAUUUCAACACUGACUUUAUUCACCAUCUUUCUUAUAUUCGGAAGAUCCAACAUCUAAGAAAACGAAUACAAAAUUUAUUAGGUUUCUAGAUAAUAAUUAUAUCACAAAAAAGAAACAUUAGUUUUCAGUAAUUUCAAAAAUUCCAAACAGUGAACCAUUAAAAAAAGAAAAAGACUUGUUUCAUUCAUCAUUUAUGGCAUCAUUAUUUAAAAAUAACUCUAAAAAUUUUUCGUCUGCGAAUUUUUAUUAUAUAUAUAUUAAUACUAUAUUUGAAAAUCUAAUCGCAUUUCAUAACACCAAAAAUGCCUUCUAAUACGAAAUGGAACAAGUAAUAUAGAUUUUAUAAAAAAAAAUAUUAUUAAUUGAAUAAAAUUCGAUAAUUUAAUUAUUAUUAAU